GCCCGUUAAAGGCCCCGGAGAGGGGCGCGCUCGGCAGUGGUGCGGGGGCGCGGGGCCGGUGCGGGGCCGGUGCGGGCCCGCAGGAUGUACACGCUGACGCGCGGGCCCAGCAAGCUCGCCACGCAGCGCCGCACAGGUCCCACGCAGGCGGUGGAGAGCAGCAAGCUGGGCGAGCUGCGGGGGCGGCCGCAGCCCGGAGCGUGGCCCCCCGCCAGUCCAGCCCAGAAACUCGUGUUCAACAGAGUGAAUGGCAAGAGGCCACAGGUGCUGCUGCAUCAGGUCUCAGCUCCUGAGGAGUGCUACACCCUGGCGCACGAGGAGAACGUCCGCUUCAUCUAUGAAGCCUGGCAGCAGGUAGAGCAGCAGCUGGACGGCAGCCGGAGCGGGGACAGCGCCUGCGGCCCCGUGCAGUACGUGGAGAAAACCCCCAACCCCGGACUCAAAAACUUUGUUCCCAUCGACCUGGAGGAGUGGUGGGCACAGCAAUUUCUGGCCAAAAUCGAGAACUGCUCAUAAAAGAGAAGAAAAGUUUGCAUUUGGUCUCUUUUUAAAAGAGAAACGAAGCUGCGAGCACCUGGUCAGAGCCCAGGGUCGGUGGCGUUUUCCAACCACGUUUUUAAGAUGCCCGGAUUGGAGUGACCCCCGGGACCGGACCACAGCCAUGCCCGGCCACGUGCCUUCCCCGUGCCCGGAGGAGGAGCAGCCUGUGGCCCCAGCCAGGAUUCCUUAAGUGCCAGUUCUUGGACCGCUGCAGCUCCUGCAGCCUCCAGCUCCCAGGGACACUUUGGUGCCGUGCUGGGGGCGAGGGAGCGGCUCCCCCCCUGCAGCCCAGGCCCCGGGGAGGACAGCGGGGGGCUGUAGCAGGACCGCCUGACAAUAAAGCGCUGAAACUGCC